UUCUCGGUUCUCACACGGUUCACGUCCAUGCUCAUGCACAAACCAACGGCAUCACGUUAAGUACUAGUUAACGUGAAAGAAGCCAUUAAAUCACUCAGAAAGGAAAGGAAAACUAGCCAUGGAAGAAGAAGAAGCGGCGGCGGCGGCGGCGAUGGCGGCUGAGGGAGGAGGGGUUCCUCACUUCUUCCUCUGCCCCAUCUCCAUGGAGCUCAUGCGCGAUCCCGUCACCGUAGCCACCGGCGUCACCUACGAGCGCAAGAACAUCGAGAAAUGGCUCUUCGUCUACAAUAAGUUCACAUGCCCCGCCACCAUGCAACGCCUCCCCUCCUUCCACCUCACGCCCAACCACACCGUCAGCCGCCUCAUCUCCUCCUUCGUCGCCUCCUUCCCUUCCCCUCCUCCUCCUCCUCCUCCUCCUCCUACUCCCUUCUCCCAUCGCCGGAAAGUUGACCAAGUCGAGGCUCUGCUCUGCAGCAUACGUACCGGCCCCUUCAAGUCCGCCCGCCUCAAAGAGCUCCGCUCUGUUCUCGCCGGCGACGCAAAUCUCCUCGACGAUGUCAAUGUGUCGUCGAAGGUGCUCGAGUGCGUCAUCGCGGAGAUAGUGAACAGCGCCGACUUCGUUGGAUUCGGCGCCUGCGAGGAGGCCUUCGGCGUCCUCGCGCUGCUUCCCCUGUCGGACAAAGCCACUGUCGACGUUGUAGUGAAGCCGGAGCACUUGAGGCCCAUCAUGGCCGUCCUCCAAAGUGGAAGCGCCGACGCCCGUGUCGACGCCAUGUCGAUCUUAGUCAAGAUCUCGAAAGUGAAUAGGGAUCAUUGGAUCCCCACCGACCAGGAAUUAGAUCUUUUCACGGCGCUGCUGGAGCUUCUCUCCGACGAGAUCUCCUCUUCGACCAAGCUGAGCCUCUGCUCUCUGGACUUGCUCCUCGAGCUGGCGGUGCGCUCGCGGCGGAGCCGCUCUCGCGCGGUCGAGGCCGGCGCGGUGCGCGUGCUGGUGGAGCUCCUACCGGAGGCCGGCCGGCGAAGCUGCGAGCGGGCCCUACUGCUGCUGAAGCGACUGUGCGAGCUGCCGGAGGGGCGGGCGGCAUUCGCGGAGCACGGACUGGGCGUGGCGGCGGUCACAAAGAAGUUGCUGCGUGUUUCGGAGACGGCGACCAAGCUGGGAGUGAAGGUGCUGUGGCUGGUGAGUAGCUUCUCAGCGGCGGGGAAGGUGGCGGAGGAGAUGGUGGUGGUCGGGGCGGUGAGCAAAAUGGUGACUCUGUUGCAUGCUGCUGGAGGAUCAUCGACCAAAGAGAGGGCGAUCGCCAUGAUCAAGUUGCAUGGGGGUUUAUGGAGGCAGUUCCCGUGUUUUCCUUGCGAACUAACAAACUUCAUGCGAUCGAAUCGUUGAUCUCUUGCUUCAAUUCAAAGUUAAAUUUUGUGUAGAAAUGAAAAACCAAUCACUGGAAUGAAAAUUUCGAUAUGAAACUUUUUCUUUUGCUUUUACAGGUCACAAAUUUCCACGUUAUCCGUUUUCAAUUGCAAUUGCUGUACAUUUUCCUCUGAAACUUUAGGAAACUACUAACAUGCAUUAGUGCCUUUGAAAAGAAGCUAGUAAAUAAAUAUUGUGUCAUACAUAGACAUUAAUUUAAAUAUAUGUUGAACUCCGAAUUAUAUGUUACACAUUGGGCCUUAGUUUACUAAAUUUAUGAUAUUAGACUACCAA